AUGUCCUCUAAGACGACCAAACUAGAUGUUGUUUCCUCAGAGAACUGGGAACAGAAGAAGCAGUGUAAUGUCUUGAAGAAACCGAGUGGCCUACCCUUCAUUAGCUCUUUCUGUGAUUUGGUUUCCACUAAAUAUACUUCCAUCAAAAAGAGACAUUUGUACAAUAAAUCUUUGUGUACUGGAGCAGAGAAAGGAGUGAAGACCAUUAAUGAAGUUGCGGUCAGCAGUGUACAGCCAGUUUUGAAUACCCUGGAACCUCAACCUGCAACAGUAAACUGCAAGGGUCUAGAGUCAGUGGAGGAGAAGCUGCCAAUACUUUGUCAGACCGCUGAUCAGCUUGUUUCAGAUGUAAAGGACUUCAUGAGGUUUCCCAAAGUGAAGGGGGAAAAUGAUGCAGUGACCAACACAAACACAGGAGUGGUCGACCUGACCAAAGAAGCCAUCCAGACCAGUAUGGAGACCCCCAAAUCAGCAGUGAUUAAUGUUAAACCUACAGUUUUUGCAGAAAGGAAUGGCAUGGCUCAGCAGCAGCAAGAUUAUGACAGUUACUGGGUGUGUUUGGGCUCCAUGAUGACCAAAUUCCAGCAAUGUGCUUACCAGCAUUUCCAGAGCAAGGUCAGGGAUGCCGGCCAAAGCAUCUGGGAGGCUCUUCAAACUAGUUCCCUGUUGCUGAAAUAUUGCAUCAUUGCCUUGAUUCAGAUAAUCACCCAACCCCUGAAGACCAUCUACCAGAUACUACUGGUUAUUAUUGAACACUUUCCCAUCAACUUUCAGGACAAGAUGCAACAAGUUUCCCAUACCACAGAAGUACUCCAUGCUUCAGUCUCCACUCUUGAUUCCUUCCAAGAUCUGUCUAGACAAAUCCUCUCCCAAAUAUGGGAGAAAGUGACCAAGGAGGAGGAAGAUAUGAAUGAGCUGCUGGAGUAUGUGGUGUACAGUACACCUCUCUGUUGGUUUGUGGGACCCUUCAAUGCUUUAAGAGGUAGAACAUAAGCAGACUCCACAGAAACUGUAGAAUAUGGAUAAGAAGGCGCACAUAACAAGUGACACUGCAGAAGUUUGGAAACUGUUACAGGACAGGACUUCUCGGUGGAGCUAAUUUAUUUGUAGAAUUGUCAAGUUUGUCAAACGAAAGCUUUGAUCUUUGUGAACUCAGCUCUGAGAUUAGAGUUGAGUCUCAGAAUAGCCUGGAAGUAAGUAAAUAAAUCGGGUUCUUUGAAAGUC